AUGGUGUUAGUGAUUGAUGUGUUUAGGGUUCCUGGAGAGUUUGUGUUGCAGGAGCUGUUUGGAAAGAUGGCGAUGAAAGAGCUGAAUGGAGGGGUGGAGCAGAUGAUCACAGAGAUUCUGGCGGAUAACGGGGUGUAUGUAAUACAUAAAGAGACAAUGGAUGAGGAGGAGAUGAGAUGGUUGCGAUACUACAGUAAUGAGGUAGUAGAGGUGCUUACUGAAAUGAAUGUGCAGUAUGUGAACAAAAGCAAGAAGGUCGUGAAGUAUUAUUAUGUGACUAGGGAUAGUAUGGGAAGAUGCAAAAGGCUUGUGGAAGUGGAUGAAGGAAGUGCUGAGAAGAAGGAGAUGCAUGACAAGACAAGCUAUCUGCCGUAUAUUGAAGCACAGUGUGAGGAGGAGGUGAUAUUCCCGGAUGACGAGUGA